UGCCUUUAGGAAUGCCGCGGCGAGUAUCGAUAUUUUGCGGCGGCGACGCCGCUUCUGCGCCGUACCGCCGAUUCCCUAUGUGGCGAGAAACGCUGCCUCGGGAUUAUGGUGCGGGUGGAUGGUUCGUCGAUUCAAAUCUGCAAUUACAACACGCCCGAGUCAACACGUGUUUCUAGCGCUCGCCAAGUGGCUUCUCGCGUCGCUCCCGCGUGUACGACCGAAGCGAGAGAUCGGGCCAUCGUCCACGUAUUACGCGCCUCCUAAGUGUGAAACCUGCACAUUCUAAAGGCAAGAAUCCCCCCCCCCGUUUGACAGUAAAAUAGCAAGUAUUUUAAACAACUGCCGGCUAUUCAAGAAAUGCUGUUAACGUUUCUUUAUAUGAUAGCCACCAUCAUGCAAGCACGGAGGUUAGCAUUUGUAAAAACAUUCCUAGACUGCGCCCUCAGGAAGAGGAAACGUCCGUCUAUCGUGCUCAGGGUUGCGCCAUCUCAACAUGUGGACAAGAAAAAUUGCAGUGGAAGAUACGAGGAGGAAAAAUCUCUGAGUUCUCACUUGUGCACCAACGAUCGUCAAGCGAGACUCGAUCAGUUCUUCUGGAGUCAAGAAAAUGCUAAGUUAUACACGAUGUAUCCUCAACAAAAAGUGGACCUGUACGACUGGCUGAUCUAUCCGUAUGAAAAUUCGUUUCCCCUGUACACAAAUAAUUGCCGUCAGACUUUUAACGAAUCUGACCUGCACGUUCUUGUGGAAGUCGAUAUUGAAAGUUACGGAUCUAAGGCCUCGACGACUGCCGCAAAACUCGAGGAUUACGGUCUAAUCAUGGCGUGGACGAUAUUGAGUAAAAGUAUGGGCUUCAUCGUAAAAACUGAUCUAGAUCAUAUUGUGGGCUUCAUGAGCGCGAUCAUACAGGGACAACAUUUCAUUAACAACGGCUUAUUUGUAACGCGUGUUCAAUCUGUUUUGGUAUCGGGAAAGCCGAUAUUUACAAUGGAUCUUUACAGUGACACUGGACACCUCGGUCCACCGCCAGACAAAAAUAGUUUCUAUGCAUUAUGCGAUGCGGUCCAAGCAAGAGCUCCCCAACAAAAGCCUAAAAAAGGUGCUAGAGUACGCGGGAUGAGUACGCAGUCGCAAGAUAACACCGAAUUUAUAGACCAAUUCCUUGAGGAAGCUGUGAAAGACAUGGGUGCUAAAUCUAAUUCUGCGCCGGCAACAUGCGCUUCGUCACCAACCAAACAGCAUGUAGAGUUAGCAAAAAAGCCGCACGAUUCAAACCAUACACCAGGUGAUGCGCUUUCAACUGUUCCUCACGGUACAUCUCACAUGGACGUCCAUUUACCCGACGUCACGGAGAAACUAGACAAUACUAGCGAAGAAGAAUCUAAAAAUGUUGACCAAAGCAAGUCUACCAGAGAAACUGAUUCCAAAAAUUUUGGAUUGGAAAAGACGGUAAACCUUAGUAAGAUGGUUAAACCACCAAAUGUACUCAUCUGUGCGGAUAGCGUAACCGCGACCGACAAUUUGCAGAAUUUAUUAUUAAAAGUGUUGGACGAAGACAGAUACGACACCCAUAUAUUUCAAAAACGGGACCUCGAUAGUUGCAAGGUUUGGAUAGAUGAUGUUUCAUUAGUUGUUCUUUGCGGUAAUGUUGGUGCGGAGCUCAGUGCCCAUCUUGUAGAAUACAUUAUACACGGAGGUAAAGUCCUAGCGCUAUGCUCCGACAUGCUGCACAUUUUGCUACCAUCGUUCAAGACCGCGGAAGUGCGUGAAAACGAGCUCGUCCACUUUUCGUACGGCAAGUGGAAACGAGUGCGUAUGAUGCAUCACAUAUUUUGCUACCACGCAUCUCCCAUACGAACUCGUUUUUCUCAAGAUCACGAAGAUGCUAGGGCGCCUGCGCUGAAUCCUCCGACGUCGACUAGCGUUAAGGACAAAAAGGGAAAUUUACAUUCGUUCGACGUGAAAGUAUUGGGCAGAGAAGAGACGUGGCAGAGCCCAAGCAUAUUGCUCGCAACUUUACCUAGUAGUGGUGGUAAAGUGGUGUUCUCUCAAAUCCAUUUGGAGAUAGAUCCAAUGCAGUAUGUAUACGAGGGGGAUAAAUAUGACGUGCUGAAGAAGAGUAACGUUGCACGUUUGGAAAUAAUCAGUGAUCUACUUAGCACGCAUUUAGGACUAUAUGUAAAUCGUGAUACAUGCAAAGAAACGUCUGUCCGGUACACUCCGGGUUACUUUUUAGGCAAAUUCGAGAUGAAGAUGAAGAUGCUUGAAAAGUUAAAGGAUAAAAUGGAUAAAAACGUAUUAAAAAUGUCAGAAAUGCAAAUUCAAUUUUGCACGAGCAAGGAGGAUGUGCAUUCACCAUCAUCUGUUUUUUUGCCUAUUAUGAUGCAUAUGUGCCCGCCUAAUUUCUCGACUGUAGUUUAUUUUGAUAAUCUCUAUACAAAAGAUCUGGGACGCUUAGUAAUAUAUGUGGAUGUCUUAACGUCAUCUAUGAAUGUGAUCCAAACCCCAUUGGAACAUGGACUCACAGUUAUUCCACGACAACAAGUAAAAGGACGAGGGCGAUAUUCUAAUAAAUGGCUCGGUCCAAUAGGUUGUGCUAUGUUUACUCUACAAGUACAUAUUAAUAUAAUAUCGAAUAUCGGCCGUUAUAUCUCAAUUCUUCAACAUAUUGCUGCUGUAGCACUUGUGUCGGCUGUAAGAUCUAUUAAAGGAUAUGAGGAUAUUGAUCUCAGAAUAAAGUGGCCUAACGACGUAUACAUUGGUAGUUCGUUCAAGAUUGGUGGCAUAAUCGUUUCUACACUGGUGGAUGGCGGUGGAUCAACGUACUUUUGCAAUAUCGGUGCUGGUAUAAAUCUUUCCAAUAGUAAACCCACAACUUGCAUUAAUGAUGCGAUUCUGCAAUAUAAUCAAAAAUAUGGUACAAAGUUAGAAACGUUCUCUUACGAAAAGUACUUGGCGUUGGUAUUCAAUGAAAUGGAAAAUUUAUUAGAUAUUCUCCAAAGCGGCAACACAGAUCACUUCUACCAACUUUACUACAAAUAUUGGUUGCACAUGAAUUCAAAUGUUACGGUAACGUUUUUUAAUGGAAGAAGAGAAGAAGUUAUAGUACGAGGUAUCGAUAAUUACGGAUACUUGUUAGUGCAAGGACAAAAGGGCAUGUUUUCUGUACAUUCAGACGAAAAUAGUUUCGAUGUUCUCAAGGGGCUGAUAGUACCAAAAAAACAAAAAUAAAGAAUUGAAUAUUCGUUAAUUGUUAUUGAGAAUUAUAUCUACAUGUUGAAAUAUAUAAUAAAUAUGUGUACAUAUAGCAUAGAGUUUUGUAUAUAUUAUAUUGGUACACACGCAUCACAUACUACAUACAUAUGUUUUACAUAUGUACAUGUAUAAUUUAAAGAUCUGCAUAUAUGUAUGUAUGUAUAUGGAAGUGUAUGUACAACACAUUCAUAAUAUAUGUGUGUGUGUGUGUGUGUGUGUGUAUAUGUAAUGCAUAAUACAAAAUUAUAUACACACGCAUACAUACAUGUAUAUAUACAUAUAUAUCUGUUCAUUAUGUUGUUAAGAAAUACAUCGUUAUGUUUGGAGA